AUGUCGCUUGAUGAACAAAUGACAUCCGCCACGUCAGUAAUUCGCAACCACAUCGUUAAACAUAAUGAAAAGAACAGUGAUGAUAAGAUCGACCGUAUAACGAUAGAAGCUGAAAGGAUUUCUAUUUUCUACGUUAAAACCGAAUGCGAAACUCAGAACUCCGAUGCUUAUCAAUCCCCAAAUAAUAACGAAGCCCUUCUCAGACUACAUAAAUUGUACGACGAUAUGAAUAGUAAAGUCGAACAGAUGCAAAGCAGAGUGUGCGGAAAAGAAGAAGCAGCAACAGAUCUUUAUGAAAAUAUUGAAUUGAGUAGCUUUUGGUUACCGGCGCAAAGCAAAACUCAGGUGGAUGCCGUGAAUCAUAUCGUACAGUAUACCAAGGAGAUGGUGAAAGCAAUGAAAGAACAAUCACACAAGCUGACACAUCCGAAUUUUGCGGACAGGGAUUGGAGGAAUCGUGUAUAUGAUUUAUUUGAACGAUGCAAACAAGGAGACCCAGAAAAUUAUUUCUACAUAAAUAUUUUCAGAUUUAAAGCAGGUUAUUGUGUAAUACGCGACGAAGGUAAUAAUCAACGAUGGGCUAAACAUCUCUUCCACUUUCAGAAAGCCUGUCGUAUUUAUUAUGAAUUGGUCAGGCAUGUCGUCGCUGUUAUGUCCGGGAAUUACAAAGGUGGGCGAAUUAACGCGGAAUGGGAACAACAAAUAAAACGGGCUAUAUUCGAUAUCGAGAUAGACCACGUUUAUUUUAAAAAGUUGGAUAGUAGGAAUUGGCCUGUUUUGAAACUCAGAAUCAAGAAUUACUGUGACAGAACGAGGCUUUCUCGUUGUGAGGAAAGCGAGGAUAGUGAUGAUUCUAGUACCGAAGAAGAAGAGGAGCAAUCUGUGACGCUUGUUCCGGAAAAACCUGCAAAAUUAAAAUUUUAA